AAAAAUCGUCUGGCAUCUUUGAAAAACGGUCCGUUUAUCUAAACGUCAAAUCAUAUGUUUACUUUUUCUGCGAACACGCUUCGGUCCUUCGAUCUCCAAUAAAACUUUUUGAAACUUUAAAAUUGUGUCCCUCAAAAUGAAUAGCAAAAUGAACAAAGUUAAAUUAUCCAAAGGGAUUUUGGAAAUGAAGUUCAUGUCUAGAACUCGCGAGAAAAUUGAGAAGGAGAAGGAUGAUGCAGAGGGAAGGGCUCUCUAUUCGAAUGAAAUCACCGACAAAAUGAUGCAUGAAUCUUCAAAGUUUGUUAUCGAAACAAGUUACGUUCCGUGUGAGGACUUGAUCGAAGGCCGUGUCAGCUAUGGGGGAAUGAAUCCGGAAAUCGAAAGGCUAAUGGAGCUAGAGAAGAACAAGGAUUUGGCUGCAAAGAUAGAAAAGGAACAAGCGGAGGCAGCGGAACGACAGAAGAUGCGGAAGGAUGUUCCGGAUGAAGAGAUGGCCAAAUUCUACACUAGCGUUAUGAAAACUAUGAAGAAGAAAUAGCCGCGCGAGAUAGCUGGUGGAUGAUAAUCCAGACGACCGGAGUUCGAACCCACAUCGGAGCAGUUUUCACCAAACAUCAAUCUGUGGCAUUUUAAACAUUCAUAUCCCAGCAAACAUUAAAUCGUAUAAUUUUGCACGUGCCAAGUCUUACAAGAAAUCCGAAUAAAUCAUAAUCGCAUAUAAUAUCAAUCAAAGUUUGUAUCGUGUAUAUUUGAAAUCGCAUUAAAUGUAAAAACUGGAUUUUAAAUACCAUUAUCAAAUUAAGUCGCAAUUCGGUAUAAUAAACAUCAAUUUUAUGAUGCACAUUGUCGUAAAAUAUAUUUAAUCCGCAUCAUAUGCGUAUAUUACGCUGAUGCAGUUUGUGUGUCGUAUAAGCGUAUAAUUUAAAUCGAUUCAGUACUGUAGUGAAUCGUGUUGCAUGCUGAAGAAAAUCAUGAAACAGUGAAUCAUAUUAAAUCCUAAUAAAGAACAUAUUACAUCAUAUUGAAAUGUCAAUGAAAUGCUGAUGCACUCGAAAGUUUUAACCGCUGUUGAAUUAAAUUUCAGAUAGCCGCGCGAGAUAGCUGGUGGAUGAUAAUCCAGACGACCGGAGUUCGAACCCACAUCGGAGCAAUUUUCACGAAACAUCAAUCUGUGCCAUUUCAAACAUUCAUAUUCCACUCCCAACACAAGUCAAUCAAACAAUUAUUAUUUCUACGAAC